UAUUGCUGCUGCGCAUGCGCGCAGUGUCCACGAUCGGAGGCGCAGAGUAACGUUCUUUGCGUUCCUAACAGAUGGCGAUUCAUCCUGCCGAUUCACGCGCCACGCGUUUCUCCAGUCACGCGAGCGUAGGCGAUCCCAGACGAGAACUCGCUGGCGCAGCUCCAGGUUUGGUUUAUACACCCGCCCCUAAGCAUGCUGGGAAAUCGGACUUCCGGUUCGACGGGUACGCGGUUGCCGUUGACUCAUACCAGUAUACCGCUCUUUCUAUGCCCGUUUUGCGAUGGCUGCGUGUCAUCAAAAGGAUAUUUCAGCAAGCGACAAGCUUCUGGAUAAUGUUAAUUACAAAGAGAGAAAGUACUGGCAGUGCCAGGAACUAUGGCCUACGAUCAAAGAGGAGGAUAUACGUGCCUACUUCGUCACACGUGAGGGUCUCGACGGCAACGCGGUUGAAGCCCACAAAUCAAUGAAUGCUUACUUAUAUGUGACAUCAGGGAAGGUGCACAGCAUUCACGUGUCCGUACCGGAGCCAGGACUGGUUGUUCUCAAAGGAACAGUAAGCCCAUCCCAGAGGUCGUGUGACCCGUACGUGUGCUGGGUCCUGGCAGAAAAAAGUGGAAAUAUAAAGGAUGCGACGUGCACUUGUAUGGCGGGGCCCUGCUGCAUAUCAUGACUGCAUAUCAUGACUGCAUAUCAUGACUGCAUGCUUCCUAAAGUAUGACUAUUUGCUGGAGACAUCACUCUGCCUUAGUCAUCCUUUAUUUUGGUGAGAAACACCUUUAUUGUGUAUCUGUGAUUGUAUUUCUGGAGCGAUCAGUAUUAUCAUAUUAAUAAUGAACAUCUCUGACCUCAGGCUUAUCAUUUCCAAACGUUAACAGUGGAUACCUUGUACUGAAGCACACAACACAAAAGACAUGUACAAAAUUUUCUUUCGAUCAUUUAUUGUGGACAUCUAAUAUUGCAAAACUCUUCAACUGACGGAUUGUAAUGAUAUCUUCCCGUUCCAUCUUCGUGAAGGCUAGGGAAAUCUUGUAGCCAUUCCGCUGCCGUGUGCUUCGUAGUUACAAGGUGGCAUAAGGAGAAGGAAGAACGCCCUGUUCCUACAGAUGUUCCGUGCCAGUGGUUGGUGCCUCGGCUGAAAAGGGUAACUCCCAAGGCAGCUGUGGAUCUGGAAUACAGUCACCACUCACUGGAGAAGAGGAAAUCAAACAGCGUCCCAUCAAAGAAGGCUGCCUUGGAGAAGAGGAAAUCAAUCGGUGCCCCAUCAAAACAGGCUGCAACCACCUGCGCUAUCGACGUCCCUGCUCUGAUUUCUGAGCUUAAAAAGGUUGCACCGACUGCAAGGUUUUUCACGUUGGUUGAAAGGAACACUGCACAAGUUACAGAAAGUGGGCAUACUGAAACAGCUGCUGGUGUGUACCACAUAUCCCUUCAUCAACCUCUCUGCAACUUUAAGCCAGAUCCAACUUGCAAGACACCCUUAGAGCUUCUAAGCAUCACCAAAGAAGAUUCUGACAAAAUCGAACUUGAAACAAGGACACAAAGAAAAAGCAGCUCCUGGUUCCUCCACCGGAAGGGACGAAUAACAGCAUCAGUGUUCAAGGAAGUUUGCUCUUCAAGGAUGGUCAAGUGCUCUAGCCUCAUCAACAAGCUGUUCCGACCGACCAUAAUCAAUGCACCAGCCGUGCAGUAUGGCAUUGACAAUGAAGACAGAGCAAAAGAGGCAGUGCUGAACACACUGCAAGGAAGCCAUACUGGUGCUCGGCUACAAGACUGUGGGCUGAUGAUAUCUCCAAGGUACCCUUAUUUAGGAUGCAGUCCUGAUGCUAUAUUCCACUGCGAAUGCCAUCCACCUGCACUCGUCGAAAUCAAGUGCCUCUACUCACUGAGGAAAGUUCAUCCUUCAGAGGUUGCUGAAGAAGGACAGAAACAACGCGACUUCUGCCUGGACGCCCACGGUGACUUAAAACUGUCACAUAAGUAUUAUUACCAAGUGCAAGCUCAGCUACACUUAAAUUCUGUUGGUAGCACAGUAUGCUAUUUUUAUCUCCAUGUGGAUCAAGGGGGACUAUUACUUUCAAUCCCAAAGGAAGAGGGAUUUAUGUCCAGAAACGAAGAGAAACUGAAGCUCUUUUUUGAAAAAAUAGUGCUGCCAAGGAUCUGUAGUAGGUAUUGAUUGUGUAGGAACAAUAUGUAAAUAAAACUCACCUUUAUUUGCAAGC